AUUGACUUUGAUCUAAACAACAACAAAAUGUUCAGCAAAUUGGUAGCUUUUGGAGCGAUGCUCGCAGCAGCCCGUGGCCACGGGCACGCUGUCUCUUCCCAAAGCAUCGUGCGCCAUGACGGUGGUCACUACGCCGCCCCCUACGCCGUGCCAUACGCCGCCCCCUACGUAGCCGGCUACGCUACCCCAUACGAAGGCGCCUACGCUGCCCCUUAUGACGGUGUCUACGCUGCCCCGUACGCCGCACCUCUGCCAUACGCCGCGGCCGAUGGACUAGCUUAUGCUGGCCAUUACGAUGGCGGCCACGAUGAACAUGCUCACCCAAAGUAUGACUUUGAGUACUCUGUAUCUGACCCCCACACCGGUGACCACAAGUCCCAGCACGAGAGCCGCGACGGUGACGCCGUUCACGGAUACUACUCCCUGGUGCAGCCUGAUGGUUCCGUCCGCAAGGUUGAAUACACCGCUGAUGAUCACAACGGAUUCAACGCCGUUGUGCACACGUCGGCUCCGUCCAUCCACCCCGCGCCUGAGUACCACCACUAUUAAUGGACAACGUACCUUCCAAAUACCACUAAUCUUGAUCGACCUGCUGAAACCAAAUACGAAUGUAAAAUAAUUUAUUAAAACAUUUUAUAUACCGA